UAGGGUGCCGGGUUGUAUCCUCUUCUCUACCCCUGCCAUGGCGAGCCGAGGGGUUCGGCAGCGCUUGAAGGGCGGUGGUGGCGGUGGCGGCGGUGGUGGUGGCGGUGCUGGCGGCGUCCCGGCGACGGCGGAGAAGCUGCGGAACCCGCGGUGCAGCCGAGAGGCCGGCAGCGCGGAGACCCGGAGCGAGUCAUCUGGAAGCAAGGCAGGCCAAGUCUGGGCCCCCGAGGGAUCUACGGCUUUCAAGUGUCUGCUGUCUGCCCGGCUGUGCGCUGCUCUUCUGAGCAACAUUUCUGACUGCGAUGAAACCUUCAACUACUGGGAACCCACACACUACCUCAUCUAUGGGAAGGGAUUUCAGACUUGGGAAUAUUCCCCGGUGUAUGCCAUUCGCUCCUAUGCUUAUUUGCUGCUUCAUGCCUGGCCAGCUGCAUUUCAUGCAAGAAUUCUACAGACUAAUAAGAUUCUGGUCUUUUAUUUUUUGCGAUGCCUGCUGGCUUUUGUGAGCUGUGUUUGUGAGCUUUACUUUUACAAGGCUGUAUGCAAGAAAUUUGGGCUGCACGUGAGUCGGGUGAUGCUUGCCUUCCUGGUUCUCAGCACUGGCAUGUUCUGUUCGUCAUCAGCAUUUCUUCCGAGUAGCUUCUGUAUGUAUACCACGUUGAUAGCCAUGACUGGAUGGUACAUGGACAAGACUUCCAUUGCUGUACUGGGAAUAGCAGCUGGGGCUAUCUUGGGCUGGCCAUUCAGUGCAGCUCUUGGACUACCCAUUGCCUUUGACUUACUGGUCAUGAAACACAGGUGGAAGGAUUUUUUUUAUUGGACGUUGGUGGCACUUAUCCUCUUUCUGGUGCCUGUUGUGGUCAUUGACAGCUACUAUUACGGGAAGUUGGUGAUUGCACCACUCAACAUUGUUUUGUAUAAUGUCUUUACUCCUCAUGGUCCUGAUCUUUAUGGCACUGAACCCUGGUAUUUCUAUUUAAUUAACGGGUUUCUGAAUUUCAAUGUGGCCUUUGCUUUGGCUCUCCUGGCCUUGCCACUGACUUCUGUGAUGGAAUACCUGCUGCAGAGAUUUCAUGUUCAGAAUUUAGGCCACCCGUACUGGCUUACCUUGGCUCCAAUGUAUAUUUGGUUUGUGAUUUUCUUCAGCCAGUCUCACAAAGAGGAGAGAUUUCUCUUCCCUGUGUACCCACUGAUAUGCCUGUGUGGCGCUGUGGCUCUUUCUGCGCUUCAGGUGAGCUUUAGGGAAAAGUAUAAAUGUUAUCACUUUUUUUUUCAGCGCUACUGCCUGGAGCACUACACUGUGACAUCAAAUUGGCUGGCAUUGGGAACAGUCUUCCUGUUUGGGCUCUUGUCUUUUUCUCGCUCUGUGGCACUAUUCAGAGGAUAUCAUGGGCCCCUUGAUUUGUAUCCAGAAUUUUAUCGAAUUGCUACAGACCUGGCCAUCCACACUGUGCCGGAAGGCAGACCUGUGAAUGUCUGUGUGGGGAAAGAGUGGUAUCGAUUUCCCAGCAGCUUCCUCCUGCCUGAUAAUUGGCAGCUUCAGUUCAUUCCAUCAGAGUUCAGAGGCCAGCUACCAAAACCUUUUGAAGAGGGGCCGUUGGCCACCCAGAUUGUUCCUACUGACAUGAAUGACCAAAACCUGGAAGAACCAUCCAGAUAUAUUGAUAUCAGCAAGUGCCAUUAUUUAGUGGAUUUGGACACCAUGAGAGAAACACCCCGGGAGCCGAGAUAUUCGUCCAAUAGAGAAGAAUGGAUCAGCUUGGCACACAGACCAUUCCUUGAUGCUUCCAGGUCUUCAAAGCUGCUGCGGGCGUUCUAUGUCCCCUUCUUGUCAGAUCAAUAUACAGUGUAUGCAAACUACACCAUCCUAAAACGCCGGAAAGCAAAACAAACCAGGAAGAAAAGUGGAGGUUAGCAACACACCCAAAGGACGCCUGUCUUGUUAACCAGUGGUUCCUCGAACAUGACUCCCUCCAAGUUAUUGCCUGUACCAUUUGUAAUAAAUAUUAUCUGACAUGAA